AUCAACUAGGUAGCUUUUCUCUAACAAAGACCAUACAAGAAAGUAACAAUCACAUAAGAAAGAGAAUCAAGAAAUGAAAAAUAAUGACAGCCUCCUAAAGACAAAUUGUGGUUUGCAGGACAAUUUAUGGAGGUGAGGAGAUAAGAGUGCGUGAAUAGAAAAGUAAAGAUUAAAGAAGAUCCAGUACAACUCUAACUGCCAUGGUCAGUGAUUCCUUGGAGUAGCAUUAAAGAUUGAAAUACCUGUUCUUCCUUGCACAGUUCCUACACCACCCAAAAAUAAAUGUUGUUUUGUAAGCAGAAAGAUAUUGAUGCUUUGUUGAUUUCUGGUUGAAGAACAUGGGCUCUUCUUCUUCUCAGAUUCUCCACAUUGUGAUCUUUAUAACCAUUUUCAUUUCCUUAUCAUUACGAAGUCCCCACAUUUUGAUUGCUGAUGCCUCCUCUUUGGCUGCAGCAGAGUACUUCGAAGUUCACAGUCCACAAAAGUUGGAUUUCAUGAUGGAAAGUGGUGAAGAUGUUAAUGAGAAGCAGAUUGAGAAAGCUUCAGGACAGGACGAGAAUGAAGGAAAAGAAACUUUGAUAGUGCAAAAAUUCAGAGCUUUACUUGGAUUUAAAAGCUCCAAAACAAGAACCCCACCAAGUGUGUUUCUAUCAUCAGCACCAUCUCCUUCAUCCACAAUAGAAGCUGAGGCUCCAGCUCCUGCUCCUGUUUCAAUGCCAAUCCAAGUACACUCUCAUUCCCCGUCUCAUCGCUCAAAUUCAAUCCCACCCGUGCACAAAAUUCUAGAGAAGCACAGAGAUAGAGGCAGAUUUAGAAGAAUUUUAGCAGGAGUUCUUGUGUCAGCAGGAGCUGCCUUCGUUGUCUCUGUCCUUGGGCUUUUCUGGGUCUCUGGAAAAUUCAGAAAGAACAAAAGAACAUCUGCAAGAAUGAUGUCGGUGUGUAAGAAAAAGGGAGGAAGAACCGGAGGUAUAUCUAAGUAUAUAUUUUCCCAAAAGUCAGCAAGCAAGGUGAGCUUAAAUCCUGCUCUUGAUCUAUUGUAUCUCAAGUCAUUAGAAAGGGAUUUACAGCAAGAUAAUACUUGUCUUAAACAAACUUCUGAAGCAUUAGAUACAUUUCAUGAGAGAAAUGAAUCAAACCAAGAACUGAUAAUAAAAUCAGAAUUUGAUAAUGGUAGUAGUUCUUCCACAAGGGAAAUCAUGUCUGUUCAUGAGGAUGUAGAAUCUAUUAAGUAUGAAUCUGAUGGCGCAGAAUCUUUCCUUGAAGAUAAAGUUAUUCACAUUGAAGGCCAUUCCUCUGAUGAUGAGUCUUUUCAUUCUUUUGUUGAUUCACAUUCAUCUCAUAUCAGGCUUUCCAAUGCUUCUGCUAGUAGUAUUUGUGAUAUAACAGAAAUUUCCCCUUCAAAAGUGACUAAGACAUCACCAUCUGCUCCAACAACUUCUUCUUCCACAAAAUUAUACAUUCCACGAGCAACUUCAGGAUGCAUCUCAACUCCUGCUUUGAAUUUACAACCAAAAUUUCCUCAAUCUCCAGAAAUUCUCAGAACAGAAAAUCUGACAGUUUCAUCUCCUUCAGAUUCUCAUCAGAAUUUUGCACCACCAACCCCACCGCCUCCUCCGCCUCCACCUUCCUUGUCUACCAGAAUUACAGACAAAGAUUCAUGUUCUUCUCCAUUGCCAAAUUUAUCAUCUCCUAGGAAAUCAGAUUCUUCUUCAGGAUCAAACCAGACACCUCAAAAUGACUUGCUUUCAUCACCCCAGAAAUCUCCCAAGACUUCACGAGCUCUAUCUAGUAUCCCCUCCCCUCCUUCACCAUGCCCACCUCCAUUUCCCAGAGGAAAUAGUAGCUCUGCCAAAGGUCCACCUCCUCCACCUUGCCCACCUCCAUUUCUACAAGGAAAUAGUAGCUCUGCCAAAGGUCCACCUCCUCCACCUUGCCCACCUCCAUUUAUAAAAGGAAAUAGUAGCUCUACCAAAGGCCCACCUCCUCCACCAUCUCAACUUCCUCAAUAUGAACAAUUGGGCAAAGAUGGAACUCCACUGCCAAAAUUAAAGCCUCUUCAUUGGGACAAAGUUAGAGCUGCACCAGAUCGUAGUAUGGUGUGGGACAAGAUAAGGUCAAGCUCAUUCGAGAUAGAUGAGGAGAUGAUUGAAUCACUUUUUGGAUACAACUUACAAGGUACAAGGAAGGAUGAUGAAGCAAAGAGCAAAACUCCAUCUCCAAGCAAGCAUGUCCUAGAGCCAAAGAGACUGCAGAACUUAACAAUACUCUCAAAAGCCUUGAAUGCAACUCCUGAGCAAGUAUGUGAAGCAUUAAUAAGAGGGGAUGGCUUGUGUUUACAACAACUAGAGGCACUGAAAAAGAUGGAACCCACCAAGGAAGAAGAGGCUAAGCUUGCAGACUAUAAAGGAGACAUCAAUGAAUUGGGUUUUGCCGAAAAGUUUGUUAAAGUGGCACUUACCAUACCAUUUGCCUUUCUAAGAGUUGAAGCAAUGCUUUAUAGAGAAACUUUUGAAGAUGAGGUGGUUCAUCUGAGAAAUUCUUUCUCAAUGCUGGAGGAGGCCUGCAAAGAACUCAGGUCAAGUAGGCUUUUCUUGAAGUUACUCGAAGCAGUACUCAAAACAGGCAAUCGUAUGAACGUUGGAACAAUUAGAGGAGGUGCUAGGGCAUUCAAGCUUGAUGCUCUCCUUAAACUUUCUGAUGUGAAGGGAAAAGAUGGGAAAACUACCUUACUCCAUUUUGUAGUCCAAGAAAUAAUUCGGUCAGAAGGGAUCCGAGUAUCAGAUAGCAUUAUGGGAAGGAUUAAUCAGAAGAACAAAAGCAAGACCAUUGAACAAAAGGAAGAAGAUUACAGAAGAAUGGGUUUAGAGCUUGUGUCAGGUCUAAGUACAGAACUUUACAAUGUCAAGAAAACAGCUACAAUUGACUUGGACGUUCUUGCAAGUUCAGUCUCAAACCUUUCAGAAGGAAUGGCUAAACUGCAGCAUCUAGCACUCAAGGACUUGUUGGCAGAUGAAAAGAGUGGAAAUUUUGUUCAUUCAAUGAAAAUAUUCAUAAAAUAUGCGGAAAGGAAUCUGAAGGAGUUGCAGGAAGAUGAACAUAGAGUACUAUUACAUGUUAGAGAAAUUACUGAGUACUUUCAUGGAGAUGUGAGCAAAGAAGAAGCUAACCCACUUCGUAUUUUUGUGAUUGUUAGAGAUUUUCUGGGGAUGUUAGAUCAUGUGUGUAAAGAGCUUAGGAGCCUGAAAGUGCCUAAUAGUCCAAACCCUCUUGCUCCAUUUCGUUAGAUUGGAUUGCUAAUUGGUGUAUAUUAUCGGAAGAAAUCAUCCAAUCGCCAACUAAAAAAUGUACUCUUUUUUCCUUGUUAUUUUAUUUUUUUUAAUUUUGAAUUUUCAUUUAGAGCUUUGGCUUGUUUAGAUUCAGGUGAUUAGAAUUCCCAUUUAUAGAUGGGAUUAGAGAUUUGAUUUAGACUCAAGUAAUUGCUUGGAGGAUUUCUAGCGACAAUUAAUGAUGUCAUUGAUCAGACAAACAUUUAUAAUAAAUAGAAAUUCUUCAGGGAAUACUAUAAUACGUUUCCCCAUAA